GUGAAAAUGUUCGGAUUGCGGACUAUGCAGGGCCAAUUCAAUAAUACUUAAGCGAGAUAAAGAUAAAGCAUUAUUGGCUCAUUGGUUCAUUGGUCAAAAAGUGAAUUUAUCCAUCAGGCUCUUUCAGCCUCGAUAGCCUUGUCUGGUUCUAAACUCUGGGGCGGCCUGGGGAAAUUGUGUCGACUUAAUUAUAAUAGAGAGGUUUCACAAGCCGGAGUCCGAUUCAUUCAUAUCAAAAAUUGAAUGCCAUCUAUUACUCUACCUAUACUUGGGGAAGGAACUGAACAUUGGAAGAGGCCAUCUCCACAUAAUACCAACAAUACGGUCUCAUAAAAGUACCUACUCAUGAUAUGAGCACUAUCUGAUUUUCACCAACACGCUCUUGAACUCAUUUACCAGAAUAAAAUCUCACCGCGGAAAAUCUCCCUUGUCUUGAUCUCCCCCAAAAAGUAUACCACAAUAAGCAAAAGCUUACCUUGCACUCCUUGGUGUAAGACAAGACAAGACUUUCCCUCCGUACUUCGGCCUCCCCAAACUCAAUCCUUGCCAAAUCAUCAUGCAUGAGCUAUUCCUCUCAGCAUCAGUGGAUAGCGAAGAUGUCUCUCGUGCUCUGCGGAUAUUACAAGGCUAUUGUGGUAUGAUACCACAGCCAUUUAUUCGACGACGAUUAGUAUUCGAAGGUCCUCGGAGUCGGUCCAAUCUGAAAGGCCUUGACCCUUCCUUUCUCAAAAAGCAACCGCCGAAUAAACACUUUUGGUGGAAGAAUCUUAAUGAUCAGCUGAUUCGUCAAUCUUAUGUUCUUACUCUUAUAUAUGAUGUUGAUAAAAGUCAAUUUGGUCAGCCAGCAAAGGAGCUUGGUAGUGGAAAGGAUAAAACGUAAGUACUUUCCAUGGCUGACAUGCCUAAGAAUGUGAUGGUCCUUCAAAGCUCCCCAUACCUCCGUUAAUGGUUAUUAACUAGAAAUAGGGGCCUCCUGCCAUGUGAUGAGGUUCCAGGUACUUUGCGAUGGAAUGAUCUCCCAGAUCCAGCAAAUGCCGCCAUCGUGAAUAGCAGGAUGUUCAUUGCGAUUGACAAUGAAAAGUCAUUGUGUAAACUUCUACAAGACAGCAAUCACCGGUACGUUUAAUCACUACUAAAUAGUCAUCCCGGUCAUUAAACAUCCAUCCAAUAGAUUCACGCGAGAGGUUAUUCAAGAAUGUCACCGGACAGUUCACAACAAUAUAGUUUUCACACUGAGUCGUUACUUUGAAAUCCCUUCCGAGUUUCAAGAAGUUGAUGGCAAUUCCCGCCCUAAGGUGAACAGUAGGUUGCCACCAUUUGAAUUGUUGGAACCAUUUGAUGCUGAAGACAAAUGGAUUCUCACUGCUAGUGUGGAGGUUCAGAAUGGAAGCGAUCCUGAUCAUAUGAAGAGUGCAAUGGCGGAAUUAUCGGGAGUACAAGAGGAAUUUAGAGGAUGUUUUGCUUUAAAAGCAGCAGAUAGGCAUACCUUUGAUACUAAAGUAAAAGUCCAGUCUUGAGGGACAUGUCCGGUAAGAUACUACUAUGGUCAGAUGAACGAGGGGUUGCCUUGAGCCGCUUCGCCUGGGAUAGGAAUGCAUUUUCAAGAAAUCGUGGUUUGCGGCUAUGGUUGUACAUCAUGCGUAGAGGCCAUAAUGAA